AUGUCGGAUACCAAGGUAAAAGUUGCCGUCCGGGUCCGGCCCCUGAACCGACGAGAACUGGAACUCAACACCAAGUGCGUGGUGGAAAUGGAAGGGAAUCAAACGGUCCUGCACCCUCCUCCAUCUAACAGCAAACAGGGAGAAAGGAAACCUCCCAAGGUAUUUGCAUUUGAUUAUUGCUUUUGGUCCAUGGAUGAAUCUAACACUACAAAAUAUGCUGGUCAAGAAGUGGUUUUCAAGUGCCUUGGGGAAGGAAUUCUUGAGAAAGCCUUCCAGGGGUAUAAUGCUUGCAUUUUUGCAUAUGGACAGACAGGCUCAGGAAAAUCCUUCUCCAUGAUGGGCAAUGCUGAGCAGCGAGGCCUCAUCCCAAGGCUCUGCUGUGCUUUAUUUCAAAGGAUCUCUCUGGAGCAGAAUGAGUCACAGACCUUUAAAGUGGAAGUAUCCUAUAUGGAAAUUUAUAAUGAGAAAGUCCGGGAUCUUUUAGACCCCAAAGGGAGUAGACAGUCUCUUAAAGUUCGAGAGCAUAAAGUUUUGGGACCAUAUGUAGAUGGUUUAUCCCAACUGGCUGUCACUAGUUUUGAGGACAUUGAGUCAUUGAUGUCUGAGGGAAACAAGUCUCGGACGGUAGCUGCAACCAACAUGAAUGAAGAAAGCAGCCGCUCCCACGCUGUGUUCAACAUCGUCAUCACACAGACACUAUACGACCUGCAGUCUGGGAACUCAGGGGAGAAGGUGAGCAAAGUGAGUUUGGUGGACCUGGCGGGCAGCGAGAGAGUGUCUAAAACCGGAGCUGCGGGAGAGCGCCUGAAGGAAGGCAGCAACAUUAACAAAUCACUUACAACCUUGGGGUUGGUUAUCUCAUCGCUGGCUGACCAGGCAGCUGGCAAGGGUAAAAACAAAUUUGUGCCUUAUCGCGACUCAGUCCUCACUUGGCUGCUUAAGGACAAUCUGGGGGGCAAUAGCCAGACCUCCAUGAUCGCCACCAUCAGCCCAGCAGCAGACAACUACGAAGAGACCCUCUCCACGCUGAGAUACGCAGAUCGGGCCAAAAGGAUCGUUAACCAUGCCGUCGUGAAUGAGGAUCCCAACGCGAAGGUCAUCCGGGAACUGCGGGAGGAGGUGGAGAAGCUGAGGGAGCAGCUCUCGCAGGCUGAGGCUAUGAAGGCCCCUGAACUGAAAGAGAAGCUCGAGGAGUCUGAAAAGCUGAUAAAAGAACUAACGGUGACUUGGGAAGAGAAGCUCAGGAAAACAGAAGAAAUUGCACAGGAGAGGCAGCGGCAACUUGAAAGCAUGGGGAUUUCCCUGGAGACUUCUGGAAUCAAGGUGGGAGAUGACAAGUGCUACUUGGUCAACCUGAACGCAGACCCUGCUCUCAACGAACUUCUGGUUUAUUAUUUAAAGGACCACACCAGGGUAGGUGCCGAUACCUCUCAGGACAUCCAGCUCUUUGGGAUAGGAAUUCAGCCUGAGCACUGUGAGAUCGACAUUGGCUCUGAUGGAGAGGUCAGCCUUACUCCAAAAGAAAAUGCACGGUCCUGUGUCAACGGCACGCUCCUGUGCAGCACCACCCAGCUGUGGCACGGGGACAGAAUCCUGUGGGGAAACAACCACUUCUUCAGAAUUAAUUUGCCUAAGAGGAAACGGCGAGACUGGUUGAAAGAUUUUGAAAAAGAGACAGGCCCACCGGAGCAUGACCUGGAUGCGGCCAGUGAAGCUUCUUCAGAGCCAGACUACAACUACGAAUUUGCCCAGAUGGAGGUUAUCAUGAAAACGCUGAAUAGUAAUGACCCAGUUCAGAACGUGGUGCAGGUCCUGGAGAAACAGUACCUGGAAGAGAAGCGAAGCGCUCUCGAGGAGCAGCGGCUCAUGUAUGAGCGGGAGCUGGAGCAGCUCCGCCAGCAGCUGUCCCCGGAGCGGCAGCCCCAGAGCAGCGGCCCCGACCGCCUGGCCUACAGCAGCCAGACGGCGCAGCAGAAGGUGACCCAGUGGGCCGAGGAGAGGGACGAACUCUUUCGCCAAAGCCUGGCAAAACUGCGGGAGCAGCUGGUGAAAGCCAACACCCUGGUGAGAGAGGCAAAUUUCUUAGCCGAGGAGAUGAGCAAGCUCACCGACUACCAGGUGACUCUGCAGAUCCCUGCCGCGAACCUCAGUGCCAACAGGAAGAGAGGAGCAAUAGUGAGUGAGCCAGCUAUUCAAGUGAGGAGGAAAGGAAAGAGCACCCAAGUGUGGACCAUUGAGAAGCUGGAGAAUAAAUUAAUUGAUAUGAGAGAACUUUAUCAAGAAUGGAAGGAAAAGAUUCCUGAGGCUAAGCGACUCUGUGGGAAAAGAGGUGACCCUUUCUAUGAAGCCCAAGAGAAUCACAACCUGAUUGGUGUCGCUAAUGUGUUCCUGGAGUGUCUCUUCUGUGAUGUGAAGCUUCAGUAUGCAGUUCCUAUCAUCAGCCAGCAGGGGGAGGUUGCAGGGCGUCUCCACGUGGAAGUGAUGCGAGUUACAGGCGCCGUCCCUGAGCGCAUGGUGGAAGACGACUCCUCGGAGAACUCCAGUGAAAGUGGGAGCCUCGAAGUUGUAGACAGCACUGGGGAAAUCAUUCACCGAGUCAAGAAACUGACAUGCCGGGUAAAAAUUAAAGAAGCAACUGGGCUGCCCUUAAACCUCUCAAAUUUCGUCUUCUGUCAGUACACGUUCUGGGACCAGUGUGAAUCCACGGUGGCAGCCCCUGUUGUGGACCCUGAGGUGCCUUCCCCGCAGUCCAAGGAUGCCCAGUACACCGUGACCUUCUCUCACUGUAAGGACUAUGUGGUGAACGUAACGGAAGAAUUCCUGGAGUUCAUCUCAGAUGGAGCACUGGCCAUCGAAGUGUGGGGCCACCGGUGUACCGGGAACGGCAGCUCCAUCUGGGAAGUCGAUUCCCUUCACGCUAAGACGAGAACACUGCAUGACAGGUGGAACGAAGUUACUCGCAGAAUAGAGAUGUGGAUCUCCAUCCUGGAGCUGAACGAGCUGGGGGAGUACGCCGCCGUGGAGCUUCACCAGGCCAAGGACGUCAACACAGGCGGCGUCUUUCAGCUCAGACAGGGUCAUUCCCGGAGAGUCCAAGUCACAGUGAAGCCUGUCCAGCACUCCGGCACGCUGCCGCUCAUGGUCGAGGCCAUCUUGUCCAUCUCCAUUGGCUGCAUCACUGCCAGGUCCACCAAGCUCCAGAGAGGGCUGGACAGCUACCAGAGAGAUGAUGAGGAUGGUGAUGAUAUGGAUAGUUAUCAGGAAGAAGACUUAAACUGCGUGAGAGAGAGGUGGUCGGAUGCCCUCAUUAAACGGCGAGAAUACCUAGACGAACAGAUUAAAAAAGUCAGCAACAAAAAAGAGAAGACGGAGGAUGAUGUGGAGCGGGAAGCCCGGCUGGUGGAGCAGUGGGUGGGGCUGACGGAGGAGAGGAACGCCGUGCUGGUGCCUGCGCCGGGCAGCGGGAUCCCCGGGGCGCCUGCCGACUGGAUCCCACCACCUGGAAUGGAAACCCACAUACCUGUUCUCUUCCUUGAUUUGAACGCGGAUGACCUCAGUGCCAAUGAGCAGCUCGUGGGCCCCCACGCAUCAGGCGUGAACUCCAUCCUCCCCAAGGAGCACGGCAGCCAGUUUUUCUACCUGCCCAUCAUAAAGCACAGUGACGAGGAGGUUUCAGCCACAGCCUCCUGGGACUCCUCGGUGCAUGAUUCUGUUCACUUGAACAGGGUCACCCCACAGAAUGAGAGGAUCUACCUGAUAGUGAAGACCACAGUCCAGCUCAGCCACCCGGCAGCUAUGGAGCUGGUCUUACGAAAACGGAUUGCAGCCAACAUUUACAACAAACAGAGUUUCACCCAGAGUUUGAAGAGGAGAAUAUCACUGAAGAAUAUAUUUUAUUCCUGUGGUGUAACCUAUGAAAUAGUAUCCAACAUACCAAAGGCAACAGAGGAGAUUGAGGACCGGGAGACACUGGCUCUCAUGGCCGCGAGGAGUGAAAAUGAAGGCACGUCGGAUGGGGAGACGUACAUCGAGAAGUACACUCGAGGCGUGCUGCAGGUGGAGAACAUUCUGAGCCUGGAACGACUCCGGCAGGCAAUCACGGUCAAAGAAGCGCUUUCCACCAAAGCUCGGCACCUGCGGCGAAGCCUCAGCACGCCCAACGUUCACAAUGUCUCUUCCAGUCGACCAGACCUUUCUGGCUUUGACGAUGAUGAUAAGGGUUGGCCAGAGAGCCAGUUAGACAUGUCUGACUACAGCCCGAGUUACCAGGAUGUAUCGUGUUAUGGAACUUUGCCUAGGGAUUCACCUCGAAGGAGUAAAGAAGGUUGUACAUCAGAGAAUCCUCAUGCCUUAACAGUCAGCCCUUUCAAAGCAUUCUCUCCUCAGCCACCAAAGUUUUUCAAGCCCCUAAUGCCUGUAAAAGAGGAGCAUAAGAAAAGGAUAGCACUUGAAGCAAGGCCUCUUCUAAGCCAGGAGAGCAUGUCUCCACCUCAGGCACAUAAUCCUGGCUGCAUUGUGCCCUCGGGAAGCGAUGGCAGCCGCAUGCCAGUAGAACUCAAUAGCAAACGUGAGAAGAAGAUUGACUCUGAAGAGGAGGAAAACGAUCUAGAAGGUCUCAGCCGGAAGCUGAUAAGUUCACAGCCUUAUGUACCUGUGGAGUUCGCUGACUUCAGCGUUUACAAUGCCAGCUUGGAGAACAGGGAGUGGUUUUCUUCUAAGGGCGAUCUGACGAACUCAAAGGCCCUAGAGAAGGAGGUGUCCCGCAGCCCCACCACCAGCAGCAUCACCAGCGGCUACUUCUCCCACAGUGCCUCCAACGCCACCCUGUCCGACAUGGCGGUCCCUUCCAGUGACAGCUCAGAUCAGCUGGCCCUUCCGCCGAAGGACACAGACUCCAGCGAGCAUCCCGGACCGUCCCUCGUGCAGGAUUUCAGACCAUCCUCACACAAGGAGUUGACAGAACUAGAAAGAGGCUUGGGAAAGGAAAAGAUGACCGAGGUGCCACUCAAGGGAAACAGUGCCUUAGCCAAAGGGAGCCCAUUGCCCCCCAGCAUCCCGGAGAAAAACUCCAGAACCCUCUGGAGGACCAGCUCGUGUUCAGAGCAGGAUGUCUGCUCCAGCAGAAACGGCCAGCCUGCCAGGGAGUUCUGCCCCAGGGAGGUGACCGUGGAACACACCACAAACAUCCUCGAGGAUCACUCUUUCACAGAGUUUAUGGGUGUGUCAGAUGGGAAAGAUUUUGAUGGCUUGACAGAUUCUUCUGCUGGAGAACUUUCAAGUAGGAGGAACCUACCAAAUACAACAGACAGCAGGAGUGUCUCACAUGGGCCACAGGACCCUGGCCAGCUGUGUUCCUCGGCAGAGAAUGACCAGGGGAGCACCACUGCUCGGUGA